GAUUGAAUUGGCGCCUGUUUCGAUAAUUCUUUUUGUGAAAGUAAAUUUAUAUAUUGAAGAAAACAAAUCAUAAUUCGAUCACAAAAAUGGCAAAUAUUUGGCAUGAUAAGCGCACCUUUGUGGACGAGAACAAAUUUUCCUCAGCAAAACUACAGCAAACACAUCCAAGAGUACAUUCCGUAAAAAAGAAGCAAGUUUUUGGCGAGCUGAAAAAUGUAAUUCAUAAUCAGUUGGGUAUAACUCCGCUAAAAGGUGGCUUAAAAGAAAGUCAAUUGGAUACAUUUAAAAGCAGUAUAGCAAAAACUCGAUUGUGUAUACAGAAUGACGUAAAGAAAUUGUCUGCGGAUCCUAUUGAACUAUUCGACUUUUUUGAUUUCCCAAAAGCAUGUUGUACUAAAAGUUGCCACAAAAGUAAUGCCGAAAUAUGGUCAGAAUAUAAUAGUAUUGAUGAAGUUGCCUUGUUGAAGGCAAUGGAGAAAAUCAGAAACGGUGGACCCAUCAGAGAUUUCGAUGAAGAGUCGAAUAGCGAUAUUGAAGAUUUUUGUGAGCCUGAAGAGGAUGUAGAUUCGCUUGCGAAAUACGAGAAACCCUAUUUGUAUUUAGAGGAUUACAGCAAAGACGAUUUCACUUCGUGCUCCAUCGAACUUCCAAAAUUUGAUUUUGGCAAUGACUUACUUUUGAAAUGCUAAUUUUAUAGUAAUUUGUAGCAGUCAAAUCAUAAAUUCAGAAUAUAUUUUAAAUGUAUUUUAUCGUUAUAUGUAUUCAUGUAAAAUAGUUGUUAAUUUAAUUAUUUCUAGUUACGUAAAUAAAUAAAUAUCAAUAUAGAAAAUGUGCGUUAUUAUAUUUUAUAAUUUCGAUCAUGAUAAGGGUGCCACGAAUUAAUCUUUCUGUUGCAAAAUACAUAAUACUCAUAAUUAGCAUUACGAUAAAUAAAGAUCAGAACAUUAGAUAAUAAAAAGGAAAAUAUUUAUCCUUCUAAAAGACUUUGUUUUUGCUCAUAAAUGGUUAAAUAUUGAGUAUUUUUGCAUGUUUUAUAAAUAAAGCGAGUUGCAGAAAUAA